ACAAGGAACGGCUCGCUCCGUGGACCUCUCCUCCGCCCGCUCGGCAGCCCGAGCCGCUGCUAUCGCGGCGUGCGCGCUGGGGGGGGAGGCCAGUGACAAGGAGGACGAAAAGGCAGGAGGAGGCCGGAGGAGGCAGGUGAGCGCCUCUCUUGAGCGGCCCGGGCCGGCCGCCUCGCGGACCCGCGCGGCGCCGCGGAGAGGCACGACGAGGCGCGGCGAGGUGCGGCCCACGGGGCCCCAGGGCGCCCGAUCGUGCCGCGGGCGAGGAGGCAGGGGGGCGACGAGGAGGGAAACGCGGGGAGGCCGGGGGAGCGGAGGGUGGCCACCGGGCGCGCGAGCGGUCCGGCGGAGCGGGCGGGCCAGGCGAGCGAGGAGGAGCGGGACAUGGCGCGGCCGAGGCAGCCGAGAUCACCUCGACGCCGCCCGCCAGGUGCGGCGCCGGGCGCACGGGAGCAGCCAGGAGAGCGCCAGCGCGACCGCGGACAGCCACAGGAGCACCGUGUCCUGACCAGCGACUCCGCUGCGGAAGCGCUGGCCUGGUCCUCCCCCCCAGCCAGCGGCUGCAGGUCUGCCCCGCCUGUCGCGACGCCGGGCCGCCGCGCGGCGGGGCCGCCGGCGCGUCGGCCCCGA